AUGGAAGAACUGAGAUCCGGCCGGAAACUCUACGGCGAGUGCAUGCGAAACCACGCCGCUGCUCUCGGCGCCUACGCGUCCGACGGCUGCGGCGAGUUCUCCGCCGACGAGGGUUCAAUCUCGGCCACCCAUUUCUGCUCCGCAUGCGGCUGUCACCGUAACUUCCAUCGCAAGCUCCUCGAUGUCUCUGGUUACUCCUCUUACUAUCCGUCGGAAACCGCUGCCAUGGCUGUUUCGGAUAACCGCUCCGACGGCCGGCGGAGGUUCAGGACUAAGUUCACGGGCGAACAGAAGGCUCAAAUGAGGAGCUUUGCGGAUAGGCUGGGGUGGCUAAUGCCGAGGAGGUCGGAUGCGGAGGAGGAGAUAGAGGUUGAGAAAUUUUGUGCAGAGAUUGGAGUUAGUCGUCACGUGUUUAGGGUGUGGAUGCAUAAUCACAAAGGUAAUGGGGUUGCGGGUGGUGGAGGAGGGGCGGCGCCGGCGAACUCUUCUUCGGCGACGAAUAAUUCGGAUGGGGAUGUGGUUGGGUGCAGCGGAGGAGGUGGUGGUGGUGGUCGUGGUGAAAGUGAGGAGCUUGGGGGAGAUGGGAAGAGUGGUACAUCCAUGUGA